ACUCCAAAGUUGUUGCUGGCACAUCUUAGCGGAAAAGGAAAAGGGAAAGGCUUUUUGCCAAUUGUAAAGCAUUGGAUGGGAAUGAACUGGAGAGGAGGAGUUGGGAACAGUUGUACCUGAAAAUCUCUCGAUCAGUACAACCCUCUCUUCGUUGCCUUCUCGUGCACCAUUGUGUUCACACGCCCAAAACAAGAAUUAGAAGGAAAUACUGCUGUUAGGGACCCCUUUUGAAUUAUCAACAAUCACCCUGGCCUUGAUCGUUUUACCUAUACAUAGUUAUUUUUUCCCAGUCAAUGGGAAGUUGGUGAAUUGAGAAUCAUAUCUUUGUUUGAUCAGUAAGUAGAGAAGUUGAAGCUUUCAAAAGCCCAUUAUUUCUCUGAGUUUUACUUCCUUUUCUUGGUCUCUGGCUCUGAUUAUAGUCACAAAUCUGAUGGAACGGAGGCGGUUUCUUCUUUUCUUGGUUGCCCUCCUUUGCUUUGCCGGAUUACUCGAAGCGAGCCCCGGUGAUGCUGAUCCGGUGUAUCGGGCUUGCGUGGAGCAAUGUGAGAAGACUGGAUGUGUGGGAGACAAAUGCUUUCAACAUUGUAAUUUUUCCUCUGAGGGAAACCCCAUUGAUGGCCCAUGGUAUCUGCAGGAGCCACUUUACUUACAGUGGAAACAAUGGGACUGUCGUAGUGAUUGCCGUUACCACUGUAUGAUCUCUAGAGAAGAAGAAAGACAGAAACUUGGUCACAAGCCAGUAAAGUACCAUGGGAAGUGGCCAUUCAAGCGUAGUUAUGGGAUCCAGGAACCAGUUUCCGUGGCUCUCUCUGCACUUAAUCUUGCUGUACACUUUCAAGGGUGGGUGUCCUUUUUCAUCCUUGUCAACUAUAAACUGCCUUUUAGGCCGAACAAGAAGACAUAUUAUGAGUACACAGGCCUGUGGAACAUAUAUGCUAUCUUUGCAAUGAAUGCCUGGUUUUGGAGCGCAGUUUUCCACAGUCGUGAUGUUGAUUUGACUGAGAAGCUGGAUUACUCAUCAGCUGUUGCAUUACUUGGAUAUUCCCUCAUUCUAGCUAUAAUAAGAGCUUUCGAUGUGAGGCUUGAGGCUGCCAGGGUCAUGGUUGCUGCUCCCUUGAUUGCUUUCGUGACUACCCAUAUCUUGUAUUUGAACUUCUAUCAGUUUGACUAUGGAUGGAACAUGAAAGUUUGUGUGACAAUGGGUAUACUGCAGCUUGUCGUUUGGGCAGUUUGGGCAGGUGUUACUCGUCACCCAUCCCGUUGGAAGCUGUGGGUGGUGGUAAUUGGAGGCGCACUUGCCAUGCUCUUAGAGAUAUACGAUUUCCCCCCGUACUGGGGCCUUGUUGAUGCUCAUGCUCUUUGGCACGCAACCACAAUCCCUCUUACCUAUCUGUGGUGGAGUUUUGUCCGGGAUGAUACCGAGUUCAGAACCUCAGUUCUCAUCAAGAAGAAAAAGUAGCAUCUUAGCUAGUGCAAUUGUAUCCACAUAUUCAGAGCAUCAUAUCUUUGUCAGUCUUGUUCUUUUUCCCCUCGCAAUUGAUGCAUUCCCUGGAAUGCUAGUCAUUGCGGGUUUUCUUGUCCAAGUAGAUUGAGUUUAUGUACUUAAUUCCACUUGACUAUGAGAUAGGGUGUUGUCGUGCUGAUAACUGGGAAAGGGUUAGGGGCAACCUUAAGCCCUUCAAAGCUUUGGUCUGUUUCGGAUUUCACAUUCUGCUGAUGAUUAGCUAUCUGAUAUCUUUGGCACACAAACAAAGUUUCUAAUUUGGGGAUUA